AUGACAAUCGACGUAUACUUCCCGAGAGGCGCAGCCUCUUGUAUUGAACGUGAAGGGCGUGCACUGGCAUCCUUCGCACACAUCCCGCCUAGCACCGCCAAUCAUACGAGUGAAAGCGCUGCCAUUGGUGGUCGUAUCGUCCAUUUCAUCGCUGGCACCAUCGGAUGCGUAUCCGCUGCGUACGUUUACACAAGCUUCCGCCUACCAUCCGACGAAACCCGUUCAACCAGACUCAGCCAGAACACUCAAGCGCCCAACUCCGAUCCCCUGCCGCUUGUAGGCGCCGUUGUGUACCUCGUCGUUCCCGACGAUGCACGGAUCUCGACCUCCCUUUCGUGUUCGGCAGAGGGUCUACGCCCUGCAGCCUCGCGAGUGGUCCCGGCCAUCCUCGGAACGAUGCCGUUUCGGCCCGAGACCUCAAGCGCCCGAGCGAACACGCGCGUCCGGGGCGUUUUGGCGUUGUGGGGAGCGCUGAGCGCAGCGCCGAGGGCGCUUGAUCGAUGA